AUGUCUACGUCACCAUUCAAUGAAACAACAACGCUCUCAGUUCCCACGCUGACGUCAGAGUACAAUGACGUUACGACGGUAUCGAAAGCGAUAGAAACCAUUGUGCUGGUCGUGAUCAUAACCAUAACGACUGUCGGCAACGUUUGUCUUUGGGUGAUCGUGCUAAGGUCAAGGGCCCUGAGGACUUUGACCAGCAUGUUCAUCCUUGGAUUGUCCACUGCAGAUAUCCUCGUGGGCGUCGUGAACAUGCCCAUUACGGUCUACACAAUAAUCAUGAGUCGCUGGGAGUUUUCGCAGAGCGCAUGUGUAGUCUUUGGCUUCCUGAACAUGAUCACCUUGGUUACCAGCGUCCUGUCGCUUUGCAGCAUUUCUAUAAAUAGAUAUGUCAUGGUGUGUAAUCCACAUAUGUUCAAGCAUAUUUACACGGUCAGAAACGCUGUUGCCAUGAUAAUAGGUGUUGUUAUAUUUUCGAUUCUACUCUCCCUGCCGCCUCUGAUUGGUUGGUCUGAAUAUGUUUACACGCCCUCGCAUUCGUUCUGUUUCGCUGAUUGGCAGAACCACAUGUCCUACGCAUUCUUUAUGAUUGGAUGUUGCUUCGGGAUUCCUUUCAUAGUCAUGUCAGUUUGCAACGUGUUAAUUUUGAGAAACGUGAGGGCCAGCAGACUUCGAGUUAAAACCUCUUGUGGGGAGAAGCCGGAGUACCCGGAGAAAACCCACCUGUCAG